AUGGCGAGCUCGGACGAGGGUGGGCGUAGGAGACCUCGACUGGCAGCGUCGCUGCAGAUCAGCCCCGGGCCUUGGAGGCCCUCAGGAGGCCAGGAGCCCACAGAGGCUGGAGACGGGACACCUGGGACCGAUGAGCCUGACGUGGCUAGGGCUCAGGAUGGUCACAGGAAGGCCUGCAAGGCCCAGGGGCCCCCUGUCCUAUGCGCAGGGCCUGCGGGUGACUUCCCUAUGGCCUUCUGCGGACUCAGCCUGUUGCCCAAGGACCCACCCCCGGUCCAGGCUGUGGCCCUGCUCACCCAGUACGUGGCUAACCUGGGUGUCUCCCUGACCUUCCUAGAGGACCAGACUGCUGGUCCUGGCUCCUCCUUUUCUGUGAGUGCACAACUGGAUGGGUUGGUGUGUCCUGCAGGAACAGGGAAAAGCAAGAUGGAGGCCAAACAGCAGGCAGCGCUCUCUGCCCUUGAUUACAUCCGGAAGCAGCUGGAAAAACAAGAGCCCCCUGUGACUCCCUGCCAGCCUCUGCUCACCUCCCUCAGCAUAGAGAAUAUCCUGACCCACGAGCAGCGCUGUGCAGCUGUGGUCAGUGCCGGCCUGGACCGACUACUGAAUGAGAGUUCGCCGUACCAGGCCUGUAAAGGAACAGUGGCCGCAGUCAUCCUGGAGAGGGAGGUCCAAGGUACCAUCGGUCACUCCAAAGAGACCUACGAGCUGGUGGCCCUGGGCACAGGCAGCAGCAGCUGUGCUGGCUGGCUGGAGUUCUCAGGCCGGCGGCUCCAUGACUGCCAUGGUCUGGUCAUUGCCCGCAGGGCCCUGCUGAGGUUCUUCUUCCGGCAGCUCCUGCUGGCCACACAGGGAGGUCCCAAGGGCAAGGAGCGGUCGGUGCUGGCCCUCCAGCCUGGGCCUGGGCCCCCCUUCGCACUCAAGCCUGGGGUCUUUCUGCACCUGUAUGUGAGCAACACCCCCAAGGGGGCAGCCCAUGACAUCUACCUUCCACUGGCCUCAGAAGACAGUGUCCUGCACAGCCCAGCCUUCCGCCUGCAGGCCCAUGUCUGUGGGCAGCUGAAGCCUGUAUCCUAUGUGGCACCCGCCCUCCGAGAUACCCACGUGGGCUGCCUCUCGGCCAGUGACAAGCUGGCACGCUGGGCCAUCCUUGGGCUGGGCGGUGGGCUGCUAGCCCACUUCCUGCCACCCCUCUAUGCCACCAGUCUUGUCCUAGCUGACCCCUGCCAUGACCCCCCGACUCUGAACAGGGCCAUUCAUUCCCGGCCUAGACUAGACAGUGUCUUGGGAUCCUGUCUUCCGUGCCCAUACGUCCGAACCACCUUGCACCUGUUUGCCGGGCCCCUGGUGGCCCCCUCUGACCCCAUGCCCAGCACCUGCAAUGGCCUGAGCCUCAACUGGAGCCAGGGGGAUCCUGACAUUGAAGUUGUUGACGUGGCCACUGGACGUGUGAAGACGGAGGCCAGCAUUGGGCCCCCGUCCCGUCUCUGUAAAGCGGCCUUUCUCGCAGCGUUCCGCCAGGUUGCCAGAGCUCUGGAGGAGCCCCAGCUCCUGUCUCUGAAGACCUAUGAGGCUGCUAAGGCUGUGCCCUACAGGGAAGCUCGCCAGCAGCUGUCUCUGCUCCUAGAACAGCAGGGCCUGGGGGCCUGGCCCUCAAAGCCGUUGGUGGGCAAAUUCAGACACUGAGGCGGACUUCAACAAGGACAGAAAUGGAACCGGAUCUCCACAAUGGGAGGACGUACUGGGGGAAGAGCAAGGGGAGGAGGAAAGCAUAGUGGGGGAGGGCAAGGCUAGAAUUAGCAGGGGAGGGUUGGGGGAGUGGAGGGGGGAGCUGGUGGGGAGUGGAGUCCUGUACCACCCAACCAUUGAGGAGUGGAGGCUCUUGUAUGUCUAGUUUGAAUAAAGAAAUGACCUCUAGUGGUCCAUGUGUUGGAGCGUAUUGAGGGGGUGGGUCAUUGUGGGGAGCCUUUUAUGCUACUACAAAUGGGGGCCCAUGUGCUGGAGCAGGUCCAGGUGGGGCGUGCGGGCAGGGUGGGAGCGUUUUCUUGGCUGUGAGGCCUGACACCC